UUUAUAUGGUGUUGCAAAAGAAAACCCUAGACCCUCUGCUUGCAUAGGUUCAGAAGUUCGUUUAUCAGCAGCAGUUACGCCGCGCGUCCACCCUCCGAACAACCAGAAUGGCUCCGAAGAAGGACAAGGCUCCACCUCCGUCUUCCAAGCCCGCCAAGUCCGGUGGCGGCAAGCAGAAGAAGAAGAAGUGGAGCAAGGGAAAGCAAAAGGAGAAGGUGAACAACAUGGUUCUCUUUGAUAAGGCCACCUACGACAAGCUUCUCACUGAAGCACCUAAAUACAAGCUUAUUACCCCUUCUGUCCUCUCCGAUCGUUUGAGGAUCAGCGGAUCCCUUGCUAGAAGGGCAAUCAGGGAAUUGAUGGCUAGAGGGUUGAUUAGGAUGGUGUCAGCACAUGCCAGCCAACAGAUCUACACCAGAGCUACCAAUACCUGAGUUUUAUCAAACUUAAUGGGAGCUUAUAUAGCAUACAUUAAGUGUUGUGUUUUGAUUUAGUAUUACAGUGCAUGAUAACUUGGCAAUGGUACUUGAAUGAUGUUAAUUUGAGGCUUUGAGCAUUGGUUUUGUUUUAAUGUUAGACUUAUUUAUCUCUCUAUAGCUAUGUUUGAAUCAGAAUUCGGUUCGUGAAAAUGGUCUUA